UUAACCAAAUACUGAAAUUGUAAAUAUAGUGUGUUCAAAUCAAAUCAAGUAUCAAGUUCAAUGAUAAUCUUGAUAUAUAUUUUUUAAAUGUGAACUGUCAUCUUACAUUGGAAUCCUGGAACCAUGUCUCGAUUCAGUGGAGCAUUGCAGUUGACUGACCUGGACGAUUUCAUAACUCCUUCUCAGGAAUGCAUAAAACCUGUAGAAAUUGAAAAGAAGGUAACUUCUAGUGGAGCAAAAAUUAAAAUUCAAGAGGAUGGAUAUUUCCAAGUAGAGGAGGAUGGAAGUACUCAAAAGCUACAAAAAGUUGAAAUAACUUUGGCCGAUUGUCUGGCAUGUUCUGGAUGCAUCACUUCAGCUGAAAGUGUGUUAGUUACACAACAAAGUCAGGAAGAAUUACUACGAGUAUUUGAGGAGAACCAGAAGAUCAAAUCGAACGGUGGAUACCAAGAGGCCAAAUUAAUUGUUGUUUCACUUUCCAUUCAACCAGUAUUAUCAUUGGCGAUUCGUUACAAUUUGUCGCCUAAUGAUUGUGCUGCCAAACUGGCAACUUAUUUCAAACAAAUUGGAGUUGAUAUGGUCGUGGACAUGACGAUAGCAGAUGAUUUUGCAUUAUUGGAAGCACAGAGAGAAUUUAUCAGAAGGUACAGAGCUACAGAAAGUGAUGGUAUCAAAAAUGUCUUACCAAUGUUAGCCUCAAGUUGCCCAGGGUGGGUUUGUUAUGCAGAAAAAACACAUGGAAGCUAUAUUUUACCAUAUAUUUCAACCACAAGAUCUCCACAACAAAUCAUGGGCUCAUUGAUAAAGCAGUGGGUUGGUCAUAGAUUAGGGGAUCGUCCAAUUUACCAUAUUACACUCAUGCCUUGUUAUGAUAAGAAGUUAGAAGCAUCUCGCCAAGACUUUUUCAAUGACGAGACGCAGAGCAGGGACGUGGAUUGUGUAAUUACUGCAAUUGAAUUAGAACAGAUGCUUGAACAAGAAGGCAUUUCAUUAGCCUCUUUGGAAAACUCAACCUUUUCCCAGCCCUGGUUGGCUAGUGAAGCAAGUGAUGUUUUUCCUGAACUCAAAAGACAUAUAGGGUCUGGAUCUGGUGGAUAUGCUGAUCAUAUAUUCAAAUAUGCUAUGAGCGAAUUGUUCGGUGAAAACUGCAGUGAUUUGGAAUAUAAAUGUUUGAGAAAUGCAGACUUCAGAGAAGUGUUUUUCGAGAAAGAUGGCAAGAUCAUGUUGAGAUUUGCAGUUGCCAAUGGGUUCAGGAAUAUCCAAAAUUUAGUGCAAAAACUAAAACGAGGAAAGUCACAGUAUCACUAUGUUGAAGUUAUGGCUUGUCCUUCAGGUUGUUUGAAUGGUGGAGCACAAGUAAGACCCAAGACCGAUGCAACGAUAAAGGAAUUAACAAAGGAGCUAGAGGAUGUAUACAACUCUUUGCCAUGCCAAACUCCCGAAGAUAGUAAAGUAGUUAAAGAAUUAUAUGAUGUAUGGUUAGGUGGACUAGAAAGUGAUAAAUGCAUUGCAUUACUACAUACGCAAUACCAUGCUGUAGAAAAAAAUACAAAUGCAUUAAAUAUAAAAUGGUAG